AUGGAAGCCUACAACGCUUCUCAGGAUGCAGGACCGAGCUUUUGCGUUGGCCACCAUGAGCCAAAUCGCUCUAUUGUGGUUACCAAUCAAGUGGUUCAGAAUGUACACCAGAGUAAUUAUGACAUGAUGACGGUUCCGAUUACGACACAGUACUUCCACACUAGGGUCCUAGGGCUACUUUCCUCCUAUUUAUCCAAUAACCCCUCUCCUACCUAUGAUUCCAUUGGCACCAUGGGAACUUCGCAGAAUACGAGACCUCUGACAAUCCCGCCGCUUUCCAAGCUGGAUUCAAAUCUCACGCCUAAUGAAGCGACCAGUCAGCUUAUUGGAGUGACCAGCAGCUGGAUUGAUCUUUGCUCACCGGAUCCCCUCAUUGCGGAUUUGUCUCGCCAGGUCCUUAUGCUGGAAGUGGCGUAUGCUGCUUUCUGUGGCAUCGGAUAUAUACUUGUUCCUGGCCCCAAACUCCACCAUGGCAGCUUGCACUCGGAGGGAGUAGUAUUCUAUGCACGUGCAAUGCAGGAUGCAUUGAAUCUGGGAUCCUACAUUCAAUUUCAUAUCUGGCUUCCCAUGGUUGACAAUCCUGAGCUUGAGGUUGAUACUAUGGGUGACCUAGCCCCUUUGGCUCGAGAGGAUUUCCUCCAGCCUGACGAGGGACCUCUCCCCAAGGUAGAUCUUUUUGGAACCUGGGAUGCAUGGGACUUGAUCCGGAAGACGUGUAAAUUUCAUACCAGGCUGUUUGUAGGUCUUUCAUUACCGAAACAGCUUCCACCUAUCUUUGUUCAAUCGCGUUGGCAUUCGGAACCGGUGCACUUGCUCACUAUUCACUCUUCGACUUUCCUAAAGAAUCAGAAGGCAUACCCUGUCUUGUCAAAGGCCCAUCAAGCUUUGAUCGCCAAGCUUAUGCGUCUUCGAACAGCACCGUGGAUUCUCCUUUCUGGUGUUGGCCCAAUUCCAGGCCUUGAAGCUACUGCUGAUGAUGAGAUGAGUCCAUUAUCUGGCUCGGAGUACCCCAGUCUGUCACAGGUCACGGGUAGCAACAAGAAGGACCCCACUCCUCAUCUCUCUUAUCUUCGGAACCUGCAGCAGCGACAACCGCCGCGAACUGCCAUUGAACGAUUUGGUGUCGGGUAUCAGGAUUACCUGCAGGCGCCUCUACAGCCCCUGACAGUCAACUUGGAGAGUAUCACCUAUGAAGUAUUUGAAAAAGACCCUAUCAAGUACGAGUGGUACGAAAAAGCCAUUUAUAAGGCCUUGAAAGACUGGGCAGAUCAGAAGAAACCCACGUCCCAUCCGGAUGGCAAAGUUAUCCUGGCCGUUGUGGGUGCUGGCCGUGGACCUCUGGUGACUAGAGCCAUCAAGGCCAGCGUGGAGGCAGGAGUAGAGAUCGAUUUGUGGGUAGUCGAAAAGAACCAGAACGCAUUCGUCCUCUUGCAGCGACACAACGAAACCAUUUGGGGUGGCAAAGCCACGCUAGUUCAGUCAGACAUGCGCAGCUGGAAGGGCCCUCAAGUACGAAAGCAAACCAUCGACGGGGAUCAGGCAAAUGUAGGAGAAUCUCUUGGGACCGAAAACUCCCUUCUUUACACACCGAAAAAUGGUGAAAACAACCCUGGCCGGAAAGCUGACUUUUCUGGCUCUAAGACUUCUGAGCUGUCAUAUACCCAUGUCGAUAUUGUGGUCUCGGAGCUUCUUGGCUCAUUCGCCGAUAACGAACUAUCACCGGAGUGCUUAGAUGGCAUCAACCACCUCAUAAAUCCCGUUCGUGGCAUCUCUAUUCCUGCAUCUUACUCAGCUCACUUUACACCCGUCUCGGCCCCCAAACUUCACUCGGAUGUCGUAAACCAGACAGUCUCCAAUCCGGCAGCCCCAGAGACACCUUAUGUGGUUAUGCUUCACGCAAUCGACUUUUUGUCGACAACAGGCUCGCCAGUCAAUCCCGAUACUGCGAACCCAACUGCCAACCGUACUUCAAGCACGGCCUACACACCGGCGACAGAAUUCCUCACGCCCUUCGUGCAGACGGCCUGGUCUUUCUCACACCCUAAUCCAAACAUUCCUGUCCAACCUUCAAACCAAUCCACCAUUUCGAAUACGCACAAUGUCCGUCAAACUCGGUUAUCUUUCCCUGCUCAGAAUCGCGGCACCUGCCACGGCCUGGCUGGGUAUUUCGAGACGGUUUUGUAUGCUGAUAUUGAGCUUUCUACUAACCCAGUGACGAUGGAAGAGAAGAGUGCCAACAUGAUCAGCUGGUUCCCUAUUUACUUCCCAUUGAAGACUCCCAUGAACGUUCCUGAUAACGGCGAGAUUGUUGUCACCAUGUAUCGUCAGACUGAUGACCGCAAAGUCUGGUAUGAAUGGAUGGUGGAAGUGUAUGCCCUUGAGCGUAUCUCUGCGCCUGCAACCCGGGUUACUACACCGGCUAUGAGUGGUGCUCGCCUUGGAUCUCCCAGUGCGGAGAGUCUCAGAAGCAAAGACAAUAGCCCAGGUCUCCAUGUCGGGGCCAGCCGCGCAGGCUAUCGCCGUGUGCGUGUGGGCUUGAGUGAAUUACACUCGAGCAUCAAAGAAGGAUGCUUGAUGUGA